CAGGCAGCCACACACACUACAGCUGCCCACAGGGACCAGAGAGCGCAGAGCCGCAGUUUGAGAAGUGUUGUGGGGAUAUACGGUCACAAUGGUGAGGGUCAGCCUGCAAACUCUGAUAACAUGUCUACUCUUAAGCUGUGGAGAAACAGCACAGACACCAGCUCAAUCCAACACAACAGGUCAAUCCACCAUAACAAUAUUAUCUUCAUCACCCUCCUCAACAAUACCCUCAACCCUUCAGACGUCUCCACCGAACACUGGGGAAACGACUGUGGGGUCAUCGACUACACAAGCUGCCAUGUCAACUGUUCAUUUCACCAGUACAACGCCAUCAGUAUCUCAGCCCAAUAACAAUACAGAUCCCACCCCAACAGCUGGGGGAAGCACCACGUCUGAGUCGACAACUUCAGAAACAGAAGUUGUCUCUACGUCCUCUUCAUCUUCUUCCUCAUCCCCUUCAUCCACAUCUAUCACAACUCAAACCCAGAACUCCAGCACAAACUUCAUCAGCACCAUCACUCCCACCCAACCCAACACCACAGACAGUAUCACCACUGGCACCACCACCACAAGUGCCAUCGGUACCUCCCCCAGAGCCACCAGCACCACCACCAGAGCCACCAGCAGCACCAGCACCACCAGCACCACCGCCAGAGCCACCAGCACCUCUGCCAGAACCACCAGCACCACUGCCAGAGCCACCAGCAGCACCAGCACCACCGCCAGAACCACCAGCACCACUGCCAGAGCCACCAGCAGCACCAGCACCAACGCCAGAACCACCAGCACCACCGCCAGAGCCACCAGCACCACCACCAGUCCCACCCACACUACCACACUAAUACAGGAGGGACACAAGUCUGAGGCUCUGAGCUCAGGAAGUAUCGCAUUCAUUUGUUUUGUGUUCAUCCUAACUGUCAUCCUAGUGUUAUGUGGGCUGUACUACUACAAGAUCCGACGUGUAUCGUAUGGACCUCUUCUGGAGAACGACCACAGCGCUUUAGGAAACUUCACCAACCCCAUGUAUGACCCUUGAAUCUUAACUUUUGAAUUCUGACCCAGGAUGUGACCCACAAGGCGUUAGUCUGCAGAAGGAGACGUUCUGAUCAGUCUGUGCUUACAGUGCAAGUGCUUCAGAACGAGUUCAGAACGGUCACAUUUUAUGACUGUGACACACGGCUUUGUAGCGUCAUUGCACUCAAUUGCGAAAUGCUUAACAAUUGAUCUGUGUUAACGAAGCCUCAGGAAAUAAAAUUUCAGCCUUUCAAACAGCUCUGGUUGCAUAGACUCAGGGUGAACUCACAUUAGCACAACUGAAAGGUCACAGGUUGUUUCACCAUGAACACAAGCGUGUUCAUCAGAGGUUUCAAGAAUCUGACAAGAUAUUUGUAAGAAAAAGUUUUCUGUCUGAUAUGUACAAAUAUGAGUUGAUUAUAUGAACUCAACCAGGAUGUUUUUGCCGUAAAAUAAAAAAAAAGGGACGCAAAAAUGGCUUGUGGCAAUGAUAAGGAACACCUGACAUUGACAGUGUUCCACAACAGAGUGUGGAACAAAGCUACGAAAGGCUAAUAUUUCUGUGAGAAUAUGCAUGAACUGCAAAUAAUUCACAAUAGAUGUACAUCAUGAAACAAAAAGUUUCUUUUGUAAUCGUGGAUUGUUCUCAUUGGCACCUGUUUAGCUCAUUUCUCCUCAGUUAAACUGUGAAAUGAGAUUUCCAUCGCAAAACUAGAUAGUGUAGAUUUUCACUAAGUUCAUAGACUAAUGCUAGACAUGGCCUGCUUUUACAUCGGAGAAAAGCAGGGGUUUAACCCUUUGUAGAAAUCAAAUUUGAAGGAGAGAGAAAAAUAGGAAAGAAAAGAUGAAAACAAAACUAUGCCAUACUAGUGUGUGAUGCUGAAUCUUUUGUACUAUUUUCAUUUGAACCAGUAAUCUUGACAUUGGACAAUGUGGACCCUUUUUUACGCAGAAAAGUAAGAGCUAAGGCUUGUGUUCACAUAUCUCUGAGAAUUUCUCCCAUGAGCUGGGAAGCAGAGACAUUCUAGGCAACACACUGUUAGCAUUAGCAGCUACGACAACCCAGAAGGGAGACUAAUUUGAGGAUAAUGUCUGUGGGUUUCCUCCAUUCAUUUUCAAACUGUGUUUUUCCAUCCAAGGCCUUAAUUAUGAUCAAAUAAUAUUUCUGUAUUACAAACCAAGGAUCCACUCCAACUAGUAUUUAUAAGUGAGUUUCUUUUAUUGUUGAAUGUUAAUGUGUUGUGUGUGCGCUUGCUGUGUUUCUGAGUAUUGUUUAGAUGCAGUUGGGUGAAGAAUAAUGUGACAGUUGUGAUGUUAUUGACUAAAUCUUGUUUUGUGAUAUUAUUGUAAUAAAUUGUCUGUGCAGUGAAAGUGAUAAAGGAUUAAUGUGCACAAUGUUUAUGGUGCACAAAGUGCAAUUAUAAUAAGUGGAAUGUAAUAAAUACAAGCACACAAAGCUUGUAUUUGUAAAUGCUAUUGGUUCAUCACUUUGGUCCAGAAUGAAAUAUGUCCACAACAGCUGGAUGCACUGGCAUGAAGUUCUGCAUAGACAUGCAUGGUGCCCAGAGGAUGAAUACUAAUGAUGGUGGUGUUCCUCUGACUUUUCCUCUGGUGUCAUCAAGAGGUUGACAUUUGUGAUUUUGAAUAAAGUGGCUCAAUAACUGUU